ACAUUGCAUAGAAGUGGUACAACGAACCAGGAAUGAUCAAAUAACAACAAAAAAGGAACGGAAUACUUAAUUCAGAGAUUCGUUGAGAAAAAAGAAGGGACAAAGUGAGCGUCACGAGAGGGCGGGCCGCGCCACCUGUGACGGCGGACGAGCGGAGCCACAGUCCCGCUGUCAGUGCUGUGAGGCGUUCACUGAGUGUGUUUGAGAGUGUGUUUCUGCGACUAAAGUCCACCUGGAUUAUUUUGAGCUCAGUGUCUUUCUCUUCGAAUAAUUUGAACACGAUUCAGGUUCAUUUGGUCCUGUCCACAGCACUGAGGGAGGUUGCCAGUGCCAGCAAGUGUGUGUGUGUGUGUGUGUGUGUGUGUGUGUCUGGGAGUGAGUGAGUCGUAGGUUGAAUAUGUUUGUGUGAGAGCCUUUGAAUUGGAACACCGUGGUCGGAAAGUGUGUCCCAUGAGACGCUGGACGGAGAUGCAGGGGGCUGGAUCCUCUGCGAUGCGCCUCCUGCUGCUGAGCUGCUGUGUGUGUGCUGCAGCUGGGUACCCGUUCAGAACGCCUCUGGACCUGGAUGUGACUCCACGCGUCACCGUGUUGCGCAGCGGUCUCCAGGGCUGCAGGCGUUUCCAGUCGUCUGCAUCCAACUACAGCACCAUGUUGCUGGAGGCUGACGGUGAGCGUCUCUAUGUCGGGACACGGGGGGCUGUAUUCGCUCUCAAUGCCUCUGACAUUUCAGCCAGCUCUGCUCUCACUAUUGAGUGGGAAGCCUUCCCCGAACAUAAACGUCAGUGUCUGCUCAAGGGAAAAGACAAUAAGACGGAGUGUUUUAAUCACAUUCGCUUCCUCCAGAGGUUCAACUCCACUCAUCUCUACAUGUGUGGGACGAAUGCCUUCAGACCCCUCUGUGCUUACAUAGACGAGAAGAGGUUUGUGAUGUCCUCUAAGCCUGAGGAAGGCAGAGACAAAUGUCCAUACGGCCCGACAACAGGCUACACUGCUCUCAUCAUUGACCAGCAGAUGUAUACAGCUUCCCAGUACGAAUUUAGGAGCUUUCCAGAUAUACGGCACUUCUCUCCAUCCCCCACACUGAAGACAGAGGACGCCCCCACACGCUGGCUUAAUGAGGCCGACUUUGUGGGCUCGGCGCUGGUGAGGGAGAGUUUGAGCAGCAGCACGGGCGAUGAUGAUAAGAUCUACUACUUCUUCACGGAGAAGAGCCAGGAGCAGACGACGACCUACAGCCACAGCAGGGUGGCCCGAGUGGCUCGCGUUUGUAAGGGGGACCGGGGAGGCCGUUUAACUCUCCAGAAACGGUGGACGUCCUUCCUCAAAGCCAGGCUGACUUGUUCCCUGCCCGAGUACGACUUCCACUUCAACAUGCUGCGCAGCGUGUUUGUCAUGCCUGGCCGCACGCCGCAGGACACGCUUUUCUACGGCAUUUUUGGCCUGGAGUGGAAAAACGUGAAGGCAUCUGCGGUGUGUCGGUUUUCUCUGACUGAAGUCCAAGAGGCCUUUCAAGGACCUUACAUGGAGAACCAGGACUCUGGCUCUAAGUGGAAGGAAUACACUGGAAAGAUCCCUGACCCUCGACCUGGAUCGUGUAUAACUGAUUCUCUGAGGGCCAGGGACAUAAACGUCUCCACCUCCCUGCCUGAUGAUGUGCUGAACUUCGUCAGGAGGCAUCCUCUGAUGUCCCAGCAGGUCCAGCCUUCAGACAGACGGCCUCUUUUGUUCAGGCGGACCACAGACUACACACACAUGGCCGUACACAUGAUCCAAGGCGUAGAUGAAAACACAUACCAUGUAUUGUACAUGGGCACAGAUGAAGGCUGGUUACAUAAAGCUGUAGAAAUCGAGGGUCAGCUUCACAUUAUAGAGGAGCUUCAAAUAUUUGAAGAACCUCAACCUGUGAACAACUUGCUGCUGUCUGAAAAACAGAUGAGUGUUUACGUGGGCUCUCCAUCCGGCGUGGUGCAGCUUCCUCUCUCUAACUGUCAAAGAUACACCUCCUGCUACGACUGCGUGUUUGCCAGGGACCCUCACUGUGCCUGGAGCGGAGCCCAGUGUGUGGACGUAAUGGCACAAACAAACAGAUCCACUUUAAUCCAGGAUAUCCAGCAGGGCAGCAGAGGUUGUGAAAACACACAAGACGACAUUGUGGUGCGUGGCCGCUCUGUGCGUGUGGGCGAUGACGUGCUGCUGCAGUGUGAGCUCAGCUCCAACCUGGCGACACCGCUCUGGACUCUGGACGGCAGUGAGCUGCAGGGCUACGGCCUCCAUUCUGGAUUCAGAACCGGCACCGACGGCCUGCUGAUCAUCGAGGCCCGGCAGCACCAGAGCGGCUUGUACACCUGCUACGCCGUCGAGAACAGAAUCAAGGUCGCUCUGGUUGCCUACAAUGUCACCAUCCGCCUGGAUCUUCCCCCUCCUCCACCUGUUGCACCAACACAAGACACUUACAGUUUCUUCGCCACUCUGCCCGAACCCACUGAGCAUCCCUUCACUGAGAGACCCCUCCCACCCAACCCGGCCCCUCUCCUCCCCCACUCAGAUCUGCUCUCCCCCCGCAAUAUGGAGGCCAUGUAUCUAUCCCUCAUCACCAUCCUCGGAGGCCUGUGUGUGGUCCUCACCGUGGUCCUCGUCUACGUUGGCUUCUGCCUGCGUGUGGGCAACCAAGGGAAGUACUCUCUACGAGCCGCAGCUUCUGCCUACCCCAACAAUAAGAGGCAACACAGGAACAGGAAACAGCACAGAAACUCUGCCCACAUGGAGCUGAAGACCAUCUCGAGCCACUGUAACGGCAACGGCAUUUGUAAUGGCGGUUCAAAGCAGCACAAAGGUGACAUCCAGGACGGUGGCUUCCUGCAGAUCGUCCCCGGUGAGGCCCAUUUAACACCCAAUAAGGAGCCUCCUCCCCCGGCCCCGCCUCUCCCACCCACCCCACAACAUCCCUCUCCACAGUGUAUGUUCCCCAACGGGCUGUCGGCCACGCUGCCCAGCGUCCUGAGGAGGAUGAAUGGAAACAGCUACGUGCUGCUGAGGCAGAGCGAGUCUGAAAACACUUCCCCGCACGGCUACUCCUUUGCCGAGGAGCUCAACAAGAUGUUAGAGAAGAGGAAACACACUCAGCUGAUGCCCAGGCCGGACGAGAGCUCUGUGUAGAGAGCAGCUCCCCCUGUGGUGGGCAGACUGCUGAGCUCUUACCUGGUGCUGAAGUGCCUGUCAUAUGACUCAUUAUUGUAGAGGACUAACGCAAUGCGAGUCAUAACUAAAUUCUUUAAUUUGGAUUUUCUUUUGUCCAAAAAGAGACGUUUAUUCUUUUUGAGCUGCUUGCCAACCUCAAAGGUCCCAUGUCAUGGCCAUUUCUACUGAUCAUAAUUCCAUUGUUGAGGUCUACUAAAAUAGAUUUAUAUUGUGCAAUUUUCCAAACUCACAUUGGUUUCUCACAGCAUCUCUGUAUAGUAUGUGUAUUCACUCUCUGUCCUAAACGGCUUGUUGGAGCUCCUGCUAAUUCCCAAAUGUCCCAAUGCAUAACAAGUAAUAAUGAAGAAUGACAUUGAAGGACUGAGCAUAAGAAAAAAGUGCAAUCUACCUCGCCUCAAUACUGCCCAUGUAGACUUUGGCAGUUAGUAAUCUGAUCCACAAAGCACAAAGACGCACACAGACUCCACAAGGAGCCCCAUGGGAACAUAAAUACAUGUGAAGACUUCUGCUGGUGGCCAUAUUUGGCUCGUUUCAAACUGGAGGGCAGCUAGCCAAAGUUUGUUUGCACUGACAAGUGCACAGAUGGCCUAUGCAUCUUUAAAACAUGACAUUCACACGUUCUAAAUAUUGAGGGAGAUGGAUGUGGUGCGCAAGGGAAUAUGGUUUGCAAUUGUUUCACUUUAAUACUGACGUAACUACUUGCAAUAACCAUCACCAAAUAAUCUACAGUAACUCAUAACACUUUACACCAGCCAUUAUUAAGAAAUGGUGAACUAAUCAUUAUUUAAUAUGACUAUUAACCAUCAUUUGGAACUAAGCAUUAACCAAAGUGAUUGAAUCGUUAUUGAAAUAAUCAUACUUAUUUAAUUGUAAAUAUACAACAAUAUUAUUCAUUAUAACAGUCAAUUGUCGGUGGUUAAAUUCAUUUUUUGCCACUAUGAACAAUUUGUUGUUAAUGACCUGACCUCAUAUGCAGGUAACCUUGUUUCUUUUUCGAAUAUUUGCAAAUAAAAAUAAGUAUAACUGUAAUUUACAGUUGCAGCCGAGGCUCACAAUCCAUCAUGGUUAUAAAUGGUGAAGCCUCUUUGUAAUUGUUCUACUCAUGUGGCCAUUAAACAUAAAUGUACAUAAACAAAUUGGUCCAUAUGAUAUAUACAAUACGCUUUUUAAGAAAGAACAAGGAAGUAAUCGUAUUAAACCUUUUGGUAACUUAAGAAAUAUUAAGUAGUGAUUAUUUCACCAAGGGGUCGUAGACAUCCUGAAGAACUAUGACAGUAUUAUUAUUUUUAAUGCACUUUAAAUAUCAGUUUUAAAGCGCUUUGACAAAGGUAUGCACGCUAUUACGGAGUCUGCAACAUGUCAAGAACCAGCCGGACGGAGGAGCCCUCUGAUUGGCUGUUUGUCUUCAUGAAGAGCUGCAGCAGUGAAGGCCAACGCUCUGUGUUUCGGACCCCGUCUGACUCGAGUGGAUUAGAAGGAAAACCCUGACUGUGACUCAGCUGAGACUCAAUCCACCCCGAUGGGACUAACACGCAGAACGACAGACUGAGGGACCCAGCGUUAGCCAAGAAGCAUCAAAGGUCAGUUUGAGGUUCUCUUAAUUUCAUUCCCGGGACCCCUCCACCAGCGUCAGAUGACCCACUGCAACAAUGUCCUUUGAAAUGAGCAGCGAAAUGAAGUGGAGCAUCAUUAGUGACUGCAGGAGAGGAGAAUAGCUGGAUAAGGGCUCCAGCACGACUCUCUCUGCACCUACAUCUCUUCUUCCCCACAACUGGAAUAAAUAUGGUCGGUUGCAGUGUGUUACCGGUGACAGGGGCUCUUUGAGAGCAUCCUCGCCUGUCUGAUGCAAAUACCAAACUCGUCGUAUAAUGACCUUUUUUCUCACACUUGCUGCAUGAAUUAUGUUUUAACACUGCUGAUCUUCAUGAAACAACAAAGACUCAAUGAUUUAAUGAAAAGUGCCAAGGUUGAUGUUCAAAAAGAGCUUUUUGAGCCUUUUCUAUGGCAAAAACCAGAAUCAGAAAAGAUUUCAACAAGAAGCGUAUUUAUUUUGUUAUUUUGUACAUUGUGUUUUGGAAGUUAAUGUUGCUGUUUAUUUGACACAUGUGAGACACCCUCCUGACAAAUGGGAGGAUCACAAGUUUCCUGUGUUGCACAAAAUGUGAUAAAUAGAAGCACGGUAGCCAAAUGCAUGCAGAGGUUGCACCACAGAAUUAAAUAUUUAUAAACUACCUACUAAUAGGAGGAAGAUACAGUACAUCAAUACACAUAUACACACUAACCUACUCAAGCUUUUAUGUCACUGUAAUCGCCACUUUUAAUAUCUCUAUUUGCAUGAUACCCCAUAAUUGUGUACACGGUCAUUAUUUUACCAUCACAAAGAAAAACAGGGCAGGGUUCCUUCGCAUUUCAGUCAUAAUGUGUUCAAAUAAAGCUUUGUACUUCAAACCA